UCCUCCAGCUUAAACUCCUGGGACAAAAGAUGGCUACGCCUCAAGAAGUUGUUUUAAGAGCUUUGGAGGACUUGGGAGCUGAGGACUUUGAAACAUUCCAGUGGCACCUGCAGCUGAAUGGGGGCCUUGAAGGCUUCCCAGCAAUCCCAAAGAGCAAACUGGAGAAUGUAAACAGGGUGAAGACAGUGGACCAGAUGUUCUCGACCUACAGUGUGAACACCAUUAAUGUGACCAGAAUAGUUUUAGUGAAAAUGAAUCAGAAUGAGCUAGUGAGGAAUCUAUCAAACACCGUCUCAGAACCAGCAGAGAUUCUUUCUGCGUGCCAGCGAAAAGUCAAAUCCAACGUGCAUAGGACGUUCCAGUGCGUGUUUGAGGGGAUCGCUAGAGCUGGAAACAAAACCCUUCUGAUUAAGAUGUUCACAGAGAUCUACCUCAAAAAGGGAGGGACUGAAGAGGUCAAUACUGAACAUGAGGUCAGACAGAUUGAAACAGCAUCCUGGAGACCAGCCAGACCAGAAACAAUAAUCAGAUGUGAAGACAUCUUAAAAACCCCGCCUGGAAGAGAUGAACCAAUCAGAACCGUGAUGACAAAGGGAGUGGCUGGCAUCGGGAAAACAGUCUUAACACAGAAGUUCACUCUGGACUGGGCUGAAGGCAAAGCCAACCAGGACAUCCAGUUCAUAUUCCCAUUCACCUUGAGACAGCUGAACAUGCUGAAAGACAAGAAGUUCAGCUUGGUAGAACUUGUUCAUUGCUUCUUUAGUGAAACCAAAGAAGCAGGAAUCAGCAGGUUUGAAGAGUUCCCGGUGGUCUUCAUCUUUGACGGUCUGGAUGAGUGUUGACUUCUUCUGGACUUCCUCAACACUGAGAUCCUGACUGAUGUUACAGAGUCCACCUCAGUGGGUGUGCUGCUGACAAACCUCAUCAGGGGGAAACUGCUUCCCUCUGCUCGCCUCUGGAUAACCACACGACCUGCAGCAGCCAAUCAGAUCCCUCCUGAGUGUGUUGACAUGGUGACUGAGGUCAAAGGGUUUACUGACCCACAGAAGGAGGAGUACUUCAGGAAGAAAUUCACAGAUCAGGAUCAGGCCAACAGAAUCAUCUCCCACAUCACAUCUCCUCCAUCACAAAGCCUCCACAUCAUGUGCCACAUCCCAAUCUUCUGCUGGAUCACUGCUACAGUUCUGGAGAAGGUGUUGGAGACCAGAGAGGAAGGAGUGCUGGCCAAGACCCUAACUGAGAUGUACAUCCACUUCUUGGUGGUUCAGUCCAAACUGAAGAACGUAAAGUAUGAUGGAGGAGCUGAGACAGAUCCAACCUGGAGUCCAGAGAGCAGGAAGAUGAUGGAGUCUCUGGGAAAACUGGCUUUUGAGCAGCUGCAGAAAGGCAACCUGAUCUUCUAUGAAUCAGACCUGACAGAGUGUGACAUCGAUAUCAGAGCAGCCUCAGUGGUCUCAGGAGUGUUCACACAGAUCUUUAAAGAGGAAAGUGGACUGUAUCAGGAAAAGAUGUUCUGCUUCAUCCAUCUGAGUGUUCAGGAGUUCCUGGCUGCUCUUCAUGUCCAUCUGACCUUUACCAGCUCUGGAGUCAACCUGCUGGGAGAACCAGAAUCAUCCGUUUGGUUUCAACGCAAGUUCUACACAAAUGCUGUGGACAAGGCAUUACGGAGUCCAAAUGGACAUCUAGACUUGUUCCUCCGCUUCCUCCUGGGUCUUUCACUGGAGACCAAUCAGACUCUACUACGAGGUCUGAUGACACAGACAGAAAGUAACUCAUGGACCAAUUGCGAAGCAAUCGACUACAUCAAGAAGAAGAUAGAUGAGGAUCUGUCUGCAGAGAGAAGCAUCAACCUGUUCCACUGUCUGAAUGAACUGAAUGAUUGUUCUCUAGUGGAGGAGAUCCAACAUUCCCUGAGAUCAGGAAGUCUGUCCGCAGGUAAACUGUCUCCUGCUCAGUGGUCAGCUCUGGGCUUCAUCUUAUUGUCAUCUCAAAACGACCUGGAUAUGUUUGACCUGAAGAAAUACUUUGCUUCAGAGGAGGCUCUUCUGAGGCUGCUGCCAGUGGUCAAAGCCUCCAACAAAGCUCUGUACGUGCACACACUACUAUCCAGAUUAUAGUUUUUCUAUAUUCAGACACAAAACUUGUUUGCAAUGGUGUUCUUGUGUUGUGGUGAUUCCUCUCC